AUGUCGAGUUCUUUCGAGAAGUCUGUCAAGGGCGCGACAAAGAUCAAGGCGGCCCCGCCCAAAUCCAAAUACAUCGAACAUAUCUUGAUCGCGACGCAUUCGGGCGAAGCAGGUAUAGCAGAGGUGUUCCGGGCACUACAGAACCGACUUCGCGAUUCGACAUGGACCGUGGUAUUCAAGAGCUUAAUCACAGUCCACCUGAUGAUUAGAGAAGGAUCGCCAGAUGUGACGUUAGCAUAUUUGGCAAAGCAUAGGAAUAUGCUUGCUAUAAGUAGCUUCUCUGAUGAGCAUGGUAAAGUCCAAACCCAGGGUCGAAACAUUCGGCAUUACACAAAUUACUUGAGCGAGAGGGCGAGAGCCUAUCGAGACACGAAAUGCGAUUAUGUACGAGGGGCUGAAAGGAGGUUGGAAAAGAUGAGUGUGGAGAAGGGGCUUCUGCGGGAAACAGAGGUCGUACAGCACCAAAUUACCUCUUUACUGAAGUGCGAUGUGCUGGACAAUGAGCCAGAAAAUGAGAUCACUGUGACCGUAUUUCGAAUGCUAGUGUUAGAUCUUUUGGCUAUGUUCCAUGUCAUGAAUCAAGCGAUGAUCAAUAUUCUAGGACACUUUUUUGAAAUGUCAAAGCCAGACGCGGAGCGAGCGAUGGAAAUUUACAAAAACUUUACGAAGCAGACAGAUUUUGUAGUGGCAUAUCUUAGCAUGGCUCGACAAUAUGAGCACCAAACAAGAGUUGAGGUACCCAAGUUGAAGCAUGCCCCAAUCAAUCUUGGGAAGCAACUAGAGGAUUAUCUGUUGGAUCCCGAUUUUGAGAUCAACAGAAGACAAUACAUAGCUGAACAAGAGUCGAAAAAGGGUGGGAAAGGUUCAACGAAUGGCGCAAGUAAAGCGACCGCAACCUCUUCAAAAAGCGAAUCAGAAACAAAAGCCGCAGUAGGCCGUGCAUUUCCUGAUGCUGAAAGUGCGCCUUCGAAGCCAGUGGCAAAGGGGCCUGCUCCUGACUUGAUCGACUUUUUUGAGUCGAUAGAGCAGAACCAGACACCAAUGGCGACACAGCCAGGAGUUCAACAGCAAGGAUACAACCCAUUUAACAAUAAUGGACAGUUUCAGGCGGUCAACCAACCCCAAUUUACUCAGAAUGGUCAAAUAGAUCAAAACGGUUUUGCCCAACCACAGAUGGGAUUCCAAAAUACCAAUCCAUUCCCUCAACAGCAACAGCCCUUCAAUACUGGAUUUGCGGUCAACCAGCAGCAACAGCCAAUUCCACAGCAGCCAGUUCAGCAAAUGCAACAACCACAGCAAGUGCAGCCUAACUUCACUGGGGCUGGAUUUGGAGGAUACAGUCCUCAACCAUCGUUCCAACCAGGUGCUCUGUCUCCUAUACCUUCCGACUCAGCAGCGAACUUUCAACAGCAUCCUCAACAACCACAACAGCUUGGGGAAAUGCAAACUGGGGCUCCUCAGACUACAAAUCCAUUCCGAGCUUCAAUGAUGAGUCAGCCAACAGGAAUGACACCCCCAUCAUUCCCUCUAAGCCCACCAAUUAGUUCGCCCGUCAACUCUCCCAUGAACAGGCAAAACACAAAUCCAUUUGCGAGGUCGUCACCGAGCGCUCCGCAGCAGCAGUUCACGCCUCCAUCCGACCAAUCCCCGCAACAGCAGAUGCCUCAACUACAACAGCAGCAGUCUCCUCCACCUCCUAUGCCAUUACAGGCUAUGCCUACAGGAACUAAUCCGUUUGCAAGAAAUCUUGCCAUGAACAACACAGCACAACGGCCGCAGACGGCUGGAGGUUUGAUGCCUCAACCUACGGGCAAUACGAACCCAUUUCGGCAAAGUCAAUUUGUGAAUACUGCUACUGGCGUAGGAUGGCAAAAUAACCAGCAGCCCAUAGGUGGUGGACUUGAUAAUUUAGAAACAGUUCCUGUCUUUCCUAGACCAGCAACUCAGCAAGCGUGGCAGCAGUAA